UGGCAGGAGGAGAGCGAAACACGACACCCCGACAGAGGAAGGGGGGUUGUUGAGAGAACACGAAGAAGUGAGUGAGUGGAAAAAGAAAAAGUGUGCCGGAGAAAGAGAGGGGCAGAGAAAGGAGAACAGAGUUGGCUUUGCUUUUUUUUAGUUGCUUUCAGAAGCGUCGUUGUGUGGACUGUCGAUGAGAAUGAUGAUGUGGAGGAGGAAUCGACCAUGCGACACGGUUGCAACAAACGGGGUGAACAUUUAGACUCUCCGCAUUCCGCUGCUCCACACCGACCGACCGCAUCACGGCUCCUACAAACUCUGCGCCAUUCAGACCCCGGACACUGGAUUUCCCCCCAGGCUCGGGGCAACUUUUCGCACAAGACUCCUUGUAAUUAAAACUUACCCCGGCUAAAACUUUUUCAACAAAAGUCAAUGUUUCGAAUUAAAACGCAGAAGCGCGUGUGAAGUUGGCGGUUAGUUCUUUCAACUUAAAGCGAGCCCGUAGUGCAGACAGGUUCUCCUAUAACACUUGUGAGAACAACACCGGAGGAGUGGGGUGUCACUGCUAACUUCGCUAGCUAACUUAGCUAACCGCUAGCCAAGUCUAAAGUUACGAGACGACGGGGAAAGUGUCUGAAGCAACAAGCCGAAGACGACAACAAAGAUGAAAACGUCGGCAGACCCGGGGUUUGCCUUUCCGGAUUGGGCCUACAAGCCCGAGUCGAGCCCAGGCUCCAGACAGAUCCAGCUCUGGCACUUCAUCCUGGAGCUGCUGAGGAAAGAGGAGUACCAUGAUGUCAUCGCCUGGCAGGGAGACUACGGGGAGUUCGUCAUCAAGGACCCUGACGAGGUGGCCCGCUUGUGGGGGGCCAGGAAGUGUAAACCGCAGAUGAACUACGACAAGCUCAGCCGAGCUCUGAGAUACUACUACAACAAAAGGAUCCUCCACAAGACCAAAGGGAAGAGGUUCACCUACAAGUUCAACUUCAACAAACUAGUGCUGGUCAACUACCCCUUCAUCGACAUGGGCUCUGGUCGGGUCCCUCAGAGUGCCCCUCCUGUGCCAACCGGAGGCAGCCACUUCCGGUUCCCCCCCUCCACACCCUCGGAUGUGCUCUCCUCCAGCGAGGAGCUGCGCAGCCCCGGCAUGUUCAGCAGUGUGGCUCGCCGCAUGGCCCGCGGCUCUGUGAGCGACUGCAGCGACGGAACCUCCACCAACUCGGAGCUGGAGGAGGCCGUGGGGGCCGACGAGCGUGGCAUGGGGCCAGACAGGGCCUACAGGGGUCUGCUACCCCCACGCCUCCCACACGACUCUCUCUUCAGGAUCUACCCAGCAGGCCUCGGCAGGCACGGCCCUAGGGUGCACCCAGAUUCUCUGUCUCCUUUCCCUGUCUCCCCCCUGCCCGGCCCUGGGGGGCUGCUGGGCCCAAAUCUGUCCCCAGCCCUCUCCAUGACCCCCACCCCCCACAUGUCUUACACCCCCUCUCCCUCCAUGUCCUCUCCCAUGUUGGGCUCCCACUUCUCCUUCAACCAGGAGGACAUGAAACACUACCUGCAGGCCCACACCCAGUCCGUCUACAACUACCACCUCAGCCCCCGGGCGUUCCUGCACUACCCCAACAUCAUUAUUCCCCAGCCCCACCGCCCCACCCUGGAGAAGCCGGCUGCCCAUCACCUCCACUGCCCGCCCCUGCCGCUCUCUCAUUCGCUCAACCAGCAGGCGGCAGGCGGCGAGGAGAGGGAGCAGCACCCAUCACCGUUCAAGUUCAAGCUGCAGCCGCCACCGCUCGGGCGCAAGCAGAGGGAUUCUGGGAGCUCAUUGGCUGCUGCCUCGUCCUCCUCUUCCUCCAGCCAGUCCUCCUCAUUCACAGGGUCCAGUCAGAUAAUCAACUCCUCUGUGGCUGCAGGGCCUCCUAAGAUCAAGGUGGAGCCCAUAUCAGACAUUGAGUCAGAAGAGGAGGUUGAGGUGACCGACAUCAGCGAUGAAGAUGAACUCAAUCACAGUGACGAGGAGGAGCAGGGUGGCAUCUUCACACCGACAGCUCAUCACUAUCACCAUCAGCUCAACAGCUAUCUCCGGGCCAACGGGACCGGGAGCAGCCACUCCGCGCCUCCACACAGUCACCCUGAAGAAGACCCCGACGAUGAUGUCUUCAAGACUCCCGCCACUCCCCCCAUCGGCAGCAGCAGCCAGGCCUUCCCCCUGAUCAACCUGAAGAGUGAGCCGGGCCAGGCAGCUCCCAUCAGCCCCUGCAUCCCGCUCAAACUGCGCUUCAAGCGCCGCUGGAGCGAGGACCAGAAGAUGGAGGCAGAAGGAGAGAGGGACGAGGCGGAGGAUAAGAAAGUCAGAGCUGACAGAGAGGAGGAGAAGAAAGUGGGGGAGGCGGAGAACGGGGGAGGAAGAGGAGAAGCGGGAGGUGUUAUUUUGGGGUUGAUGCUGCCACCGCCUCCCACCCAGCGCAGAGCGAGCUCAGAGCUGCAGAGGGCCACGGCGCAGCUGUCUCUGGAAAACACUGGCUGCUGAACACAAACAUACACACCGGGGAGUCAAAACACACCCCCCCUGAGUCUAGUCUACAUACUUAUAGAGUGCAGCAGGAAUGAGUCCUAAACCCCUGGAAAGCAUUUUUGCCCUUCAGGUCCCUUUUUAAUUUUACUGUGCUAUUCAGAAGCCUGGAGUAAGGCCUGUGGUUAACACCAGCUUAAGAGAUUUCACAUUUGUUUUACGACAUAAAAUACAUCAGCAGAAUACCUCAUUAGUGAACUGGAAGGUUGUACAUGUCUUAAAACAUUAAACCUUCAAAGCUGGUUCCUAAAAAGUGGCUAAAUGAAACCUCAUCAUCUUUUAAAAACAUCAUCCCUGCAGCACCCUAUAGUUUUAGUCCAUAAUGCCUUGUGGUUGUGUGACAGCAGUAGUGUGCAUGCAGCUGGAAAAUGGAAACGGUGACUUUAAGGUGAUUAUAGAAACAGUUACAUUUUGUCUGAGUCAGUGUCAUGUAGGAAAUAGUUUUUUUGAUCCAUAAUGAAAGGAGCUGUUGGGCACUUUUUACCCACUUCACAGCCCAAAAAACGUGCCUAAAAAUCUUAAAAUCAAACCACAUAUAUUGUCCAACAUGCGUUACAUCUACAUGUUCACAUUGUAGUAAAAACAAGAUGUUUCAUAAUUACCUGUCACUGUUAUAGCAGCAUCAGCACCCUUUUGGUGAGUACCGUCAGCCACCAGACAUUAUGGCCUGUGUCGGACCAUUCCACUUGGGUGUGUGUGUGUGUGUGUAGCCUCUAAUGUGCUGCAAGCCAACCCCAUCAAACAUGAACAGCAGACAGUGUUUCUGCUGUGACAACAUCGAAAGAUACUCAAACUUCAUUCUGACUAACUUUUUAACAAGAGAGUCCCACAGAGAGAGGCUCUUUUCUUAGGAAUUGCACAUUGCCAUUUCCUCACCCUCAUAGCGCCAGUUAAAUCUGCCUCACAUCACGCCUGUGCCCAGAUGAUGUACUUAUGACGGGUCUAUUUGUUUAUAGGGUGCAGUGAAUCGCCCUAAAGGCAGCCUGCAUUGUGCAGCGGGAGAUCUCCUCACCUUGUACAGACAGAUCCUACUGUUACUUAAACAAAACACUUUGAUCAGUCCCGAUAGAGAUUACAGAAGUGCCUCUCUGUCCGACCCGUCACCCAGCAGUCGUUUACGAGAAGGGCAGCGUGGGGGGGGGGCCUUGUUCCGAUGGGCCUCACAGACUGAACAGGGUCAUUAGAAAACACUCUCCAAUCACGGCCUUUUCUCCAGGAGGAAACGUUGGACACGGUGAGGCUGCAGCAAGGCCACGCUCUUCAUUCACUACAGGGUUUGAAGACAUGAGGCUGGAGUUGUACAUUUUGAAGACGGUCAGACUUAGCCCGAUGGAGGAGGGAGAUGUGAUGAACUGACUUGCCACAUGAGAUGUUAGUCAGCCAGCGAAUGGACGGGUACAGAGAAAAACACACCUGGGUCUUCAAAGAAAAAGCCGGAUCUUUCUCUCCUUUUUAUCUCAUUGAGGAAGCAGCAGCUUGACAGGCUGUAAUUACAGACACACUUGUCCCUCAAUGUGUGUGCGUAGAACGCUGGUGUAAAAAAGAAACCCCACGCCUCGAGGAUACAGGGUUCUUGUGACUUUGUACAAUCUUUGGAGGGGUUUGAGGGCAUUCGUGGUGUUGCCUGCCUCGAACACACAGAUCUGCAGCUCUUUUCUGCACCCCCCCCCCCCAUUUGUUUUACUUUGAAAAGACUAUUCUUUCGGUCUAAAGACACAGACAGUAUUUUAGGGCAUUUGCAGUGAUCUGAGGACUUUCUGUAUUUUGGUGAUAACAGUGGUAUCUGUUCACGUGAUGCUCUGAGAAGCGAUGAUGGGAGAGAUCCGAUUGGUCGAGGGGAGAGAAAGCAUGUACUGAAUGUCGAGCAUCAAGGUUAACUCAGGCAAAACGAGAUAUGGAGAAACUUAUUUUUAUGACGUUUUAUUAAAAAAAAAAACCAUUUUAAUGAACAAAGUAUCCCAAAUAAGAUUGUGCCUUUUUUUUUUAAGCCAACAAAGAGUUUUAUCACGCUAUCCCCCAGCUGAUUAUGUUAUCACACACCCACACACACACACACACACACACUACCACCAUGCCUUCUGUUUUUUGUAAAAGAGAGAUACAGAAUAAGUAAAUCUACACAUAUAUAUUUUAUUUAAAUAUAUAUUGAAUUCAAAUAUUAUAUUUCAAUAUGGUCAUUUGAUACAAAUCAGGAAAAUCCUACUAUUUUUAAACGGUAAAAGAUAUGUAUAUAUUCUAACGGGGCAUAUUAUUACCGGUAUAAUUCAGCCUCUGCCUUCUCACCCUUGCCUUCUCUUGACCGUUGAGCUGCAGUGACAAAUGCCUAUGGUGUCAGAGUUUUAUAUUUAUAUUGUACAAAUAUUAAAAGAUACAGUUAUUGUGUAUUCAGGAGACGAGGAUAAAGGAGUGAGCUGAAUUUUAACCACACCUGGGUCGAAUUGUAUUUACUUUGUCGGUGAGAGUGUUUGUUUCACCAUACCUGGGGUAGCAGAUUUGCUGGGGUUUGAAACAUAUAGUGGAACCCCACCAAGAAUAAACACCUGAGUACACUUUUUGACCCCGAUCUAGUAAAAAAAAAACCCCGAAGUGGCACAGGUCCAAAUGUAAAGCUGGUUAUGAUCUCGCUUGUUCUGACUAAAUGCUAGGAUUCUGAUUGGCCGACAGCAGGUGCUCAGGUUCGCGUUACCUCAUAGGACCGCAGCUGCUGAUAGGACUGGACUUUGGUUGGAGCGUGGACUUCAGCGGCUUUGUGUCAACCGGGUGUGUUUGAACCCUGCCCAUUCUCUCACACACACACACACACACACACACACACACACACACACACACACACACACACCCUGCCCUGGUUACAGUGAGGCUUUGCUGUGGCUAGAAUAAAAGGGGAAACAUGACAUCACACGUGACAUCAGACGCCCCCGCAGUCUCUCUGGAGUAGACGGCAAACCAAAGACACACUUACACACACUUACACACACAGAGGAAAUGGCAUCACAAAACCUCAGCGCGGAGUGGAGAGAAAGGGACUUCCCAUAACCUGACUCGCUCAUUUUGCGCCGUGUGUACGUGCACUUGUGUAUGUGUGGUUCCUAUGGUUAUGCCGUCUACACACCCUGUCCGGCUCACUUUAUUUUGAAUUUUUUCUUCACCAGGCACAAAAACACUAAAUCUAUCCUUUCAAUUGUUGACAAAAUCAGCAUUAAAAGUGUCAAACUUCUUAUUUUUGUCAUUUUCUUUCAGUAAAAAUCGCUUUAAGUGCCAGAUAAAACAAACAUAUUUUAGCUCUAUAGAAUGUAGCAGUUUGAAAGUGUGUCUGGUAAAGAAGAAACAGCGAGUCGUACCGCACUGCUGCACCUGUGCUGCCUUACCUGUCAUGGUCUCAAACACAAGAGAGCAACUGUUCCCCCAAAAGUCCCCUUCAUUUCCUCAAUGCUGUUCUUAUUUUCUUCUGUAUUUUUUCAGACAUAUUACUGUUACUCUUGUAAUUAUUAUAUUAUUAACAUGAAUAUUUUUGAUUAUUUUGUACCCUCUUGCCCAUGGCCCGGUCUCCUCUCCAUGAAUUCUGUACGUUUAUUGUUCCACUCUUUCACAUUAACUUCAAUUAGUUUAAGUACAGUCUUUGUUUUAUAACCAUAUUAACAUGGACAAGAGGAGGGUCAGAUAAUCCCCACAUGACAAUGAGUAGGAGAACAUUUUUUUAUGUUGUAUAUAUAUUUUUUUCCAUUUUGGAACAUUGUGUAAGAAAAAAAGCUUUGUACUGUUUAACCAUUGUAUUAUUUGAGUCCCUUCUCCAUCUCUCCUCUCACGUCCAACCAGACUGUGAGCUGUCACUCAGAGGAGAGACGGACACUUUUGUUUUUAUCACGGAGGAACCACCUGUACUAGUUUCUCUACUCUCUGUUCAUCUUCAUUUGUAAUUAAACAAUAAUCAGGGUUCAUUAAAAAAAGGUAAAAAUGGA